AAUGCUAAGAAAAUAUUAAAAAGGAUAAAGGCGAGUGUGACUAGAGAGUCCACCAAUGCCUCUGCCUCAUCCUAUCCACUUUGAGUGCUAAAUCUCUGGGCAGUGAGUAGCAGCAACAAAGAAUUGAAGAUGAAGAGUUCCCAAGGAAGCCAGAACGAGGCAACGCAGCGUCAAAAAAGGAAGUCUCUGAAGGCAAUGUUUCUGGUACUUGUGAACUGUGUCUUGAUGACAAUUGGCCAAGUAGGUGGCCCCUUGCUUCUAAGGAUCUACUAUUUGCAUGGGGGAAAGAGGAAAUGGCUCAAUGCUUGGCUGCUCACUUCUGGGUUCCCCAUCUUGAUCCUCCCAAUGGCCUUUUCUUACUUGCGAGCUCAGGCCAAAGGGCAAGCCACCGUAUUACUGGUUACGCCUAGGCUUGUUGCUGCCAGUGCCUUCCUGGGAAUUCUACUUGGGCUUGAUGGCUACCUCUAUUCGUUUGGUUUAUCUUACCUCCCCAUAUCGGUUUCUUCCCUUCUUGGUUCAACUCAGCUGGCCUUCACUGCAAUUUUCGCUUUUAUUGUGGUGAAGCAUAAGUUCACACAUUACUCGGUAAAUGCAGUGGUGUUAAUGACCUUCGGAUCAGUCGUUCUUGGGCUUCACAUGAAUGGAGAUCGCCCGAGUGGGGUGUCUGAUGGGAAGUAUUUGCUGGGUUUUUUAAUGACCCUCGGCGCUGCUGCCCUUCAUGGGUUCAUAAUGCCAGCACUGGAGUAUACUCACUUGAAGGCCGGUAUGCCCAUCACCUUUGAUCUUGUCAUGCAGAUUCAGUUCCUUAUCUCCAUGUUUGCCACUCUGUUUUGCACCAUCCCCAUGGUCAUCAACAAGGACUUUCAGGCUAUUUCAAAAGAAGCAGCAGAAUAUAGUCUUGGAGAGACUAAGUAUUACAUGGUGAUAGUAUUGGCAGCAGUAGCAAUGCAGUUGCUGAUCAUAGGAAGUAUUGGAGUGAUCUUCUGCUCCACGUCCCUCCUGGGAGGUCUUGUGUCAUCUCUUCUGGUUCCUGUCCAGCAGGUUUUUGCUGUACUUUUCUUGCACGAGAGAUUCAAUGCUGAUAAGGGCAUGGCUUUAGCCAUGUGCCUGUGGGGUUUUGCCUCCUACUUCUAUGGAGAAUACAGAUCAACCUACAAGAAAAUUCCAUCAAAACAAGAGUCAGAGGUAGAAAUCAUCUGAAUUUAUGACAUUUCAUGUGAUUCAAAUCAAUUCAACACCAAAUUCAUUUGUCCAUGCUUCUUUUACAAUUUACAUAUAUCACGCUGUUGAUUAGUCAUUUUUCCAGUUAUGUGAUAAUUGAUGUAGCACCGCGCAGGCAUUUCAGGGUGUCAAAGUUUCCUCCUGUUCAA